GACACCUUUUGCCCCUCUUCAUGCCUAGACCAGGCCUCAUCUCUGUCGUUCUUCUUCUUCUUCUCGCCGUAAUUCAUGAGACUUGUGGUGCCAAAGAUAAACGUUAUUGUCCACCUUCUUCUUGUGGAAAUAAUUUGAGUAUUAGCUACCCUUUCAGAUUAAACACAGAUCCGCUCUACUGUGGAGAGGCUGCAUAUCCAUUAUAUUCUCUAUCCUGUGAGAACAACCUUACAGUAUUGCACUCUGAUCAAUCAGGAAAAUUCUACGUGAAAGCAAUCAAUUAUGACAAUCAAACAAUUCGAGUAGCUGAUGCUAGUGUUGAGGAAGGGAGCUGCCCCAUACCUCAAUAUUCCUGGGACGCCUCCAACUUCUCAACGCCUUUCCGAUAUUAUAAUUAUUAUUAUUAUAAUAAUUCGGAGAGCAUUCUUUUCAUAAGUUGUGAAGAUCUUGUAAAUGCUCCGCGUUAUGUGGAAGCUCCUGCCUGUAUUAACGGCAGCUCUUUCUUCACACCUUAUAGGCCUGAAUCUGUAGGCAAAAGGUAUUUUUAUGUGAAAAUUGGAAGCACAACUCCACCUGAGUUAAAACCUUCAUGCCGUAUUGAGCUAAUGGCACUUGUACCACCAAUACUGGAGAAGAAUUACGAGAACCUCUCCUACCUGGACAUCCACCAUGGGUUAGCAUAUGGAAUUGAGUUGUCGUGGAGGGACGCUAUGUGUGGAGAGAGUCAUUUUUUCCACAUUAAUGAGGAAAACCAGUGUCAUUCUUAUCCUGGUGCUGCAUAUCUGGGCAACCGAGUUUACAAAGUUUUCAGUAUAGCUGUAUCUCUGCUCACUCUUUUUUUACCUGGUAAGUACCUCUACUCCACAUGAAGUAAGAAUAAAAUCUCAAGUAGUACAAGGAAACUAGAGUUUACUCUUAUCUUUUCUUUUUUUGUCUCUUUAAAAGUGAGUUUGACUUUGUGAUAAUUUUAUAAAUAUUUUGAUCUUUA